AUGAAUGACACCGCAAGCUAUGUCCCAGCACCAUAUGGCCGGGCUUGUGCGAACUGUGCUCGAGCCAAAUGCAAAUGUAUCAUUCCCGAGACAGGGGGCAUCUGCGCAAGGUGUUGUCGUUUGAAUAAAGCAUGCCAGCCAGCCACCAGAGUCCGAAGAACCAGGCGAAACACAUCAAUAGCAUCAAAAACUGUGCAGUUGGAGCAAAAACUGGAUGGCAUCCUCGCCCUCCUCAAAACUCAUCAGUCGCAAUCGAUGUCUGAAUGUCUUAGCCCUGCAAGACCUGAUCAGAAUCAAGUUUCUACAGGACGUCAAGAUGUUAUGCCCCCGCUCCUCACGCCAGACGGCAGCACGCCGCCUGACAACUCUCCUGCUAGGUCUUUUACUCCAUCAGCAAGGUCAGCGGAGGACUAUUUCCCACAUACAACCGACUCCGGACCAGAGGAAGUUCUGAGAGCCUUUCGCAGCGGGCCCCUAAAAUAUCUACCAUUUGUCUAUAUUCCAGAUGGCGUCAGUGCUGCAGAACUGAAGACGGAGUCUCCGUUCUUAUGGUUUUGCAUCUGUGCAGUACAGUGCAAACAUACAGCGCGUCAGUCUGCCCUCAGCGUCAAUAUCAGAGAAAAAGCAGCCCAGGCGCUCCUCGUGGACUGUCGAAAGAAUUUGGAUAUACUACAAGGCUUACUGGUCUAUCUUGGCUGGGUCACCUUCCACUGUCAACCGCAAAAAUAUUCUCUUUGUACAUACAUCCAACUGGCAAUAUCGGUCGUCUUCGACUUGGGCCUUCAAAAGUCCCCACCUGAUGGAUCACAUCCUGCCGAUUGCGACUGGAAUGGUCCUACUCAAAACCUCCUAUUUCCGGUUUCCAGAACACGGACCAUGAAUGAGCGACGCGCUUUACUCAGUUGCUUCCUCCUAAGUUCGUUUAUAUCGCAGUUCUUGUGCAAGCCUGAUCCAAUGCGUUGGACAGCGCACAUGAAAGAAUGCCUGGAAGUCUUGACUGAGAGAAAAGAGACCCCCAAUGACGCAGUCCUUGUACAGCUCGUUCAAAUUCAGCUCGUCGUGGACAAGGUGAUCAGGCGGUCUUGGGACGAAAGCGGGCUCGCCACCGAAGAAGGCCCCCGGUUGCCGACAUCCUUUUUCAUACAAACGAUGCAACAUCAGCUGCAAAGUAUUAGAAGUCGAAUUCCCCCUGAAUUAGCGGACAACAAGGUUGUCCUUUUCCAUCUAUACCAAGCCGAAGUGACUGUAUAUGAGUUGGCGCUGUCGAGGUCGGCCACACGAGUCGAGAACGUAGAUGUUACUCGUAUCAGCCAUCUUUAUGCCUGUCUAGCGGCAACCAAAAAUUGGCUUGACCUCCUUCUCACCCUCAGUCCUGAAGAAUAUGUCUUCCUGCCAGUAACGAUCAUCUUCCAGGUCUCACACUGCCUGAGUACCUUGUUUUAUCUUUCCACAUUUGACUACCCGGGCUGGGAUAAAGAAGCAGUUACACGAAUAGCUGAUCUCCAGUCUGUCUCGCAGGAGGUAAUUGACCGACUGGGAUCCGUGGCCGAAGCGGCAGGCAUUCAGAACGAAGGAACAGAUGGGGAUUCGUGGAGCAAGGCGGCCAGGAUCCUUCCUAAAUUGCAAGCUAGCUGGGCAUCUAGGCUCCCGAACGCUGUAGCUAUAAGUGAAACCUCCGACGGACAGUCGUCGGCUCUUCCUAGUGUUGACGAGGACUUUCUCGAAGCAUACCUCAAUUGGCCGGAUGUAUGGCUGCUGGAAUCGUGGAUGCAGGCGAGUCAGAACGAAUAG